UCGUCCAUCAGCGAGUUCAUCUCCUUCGCCCACAGCAGUGUCAAUGAAGUGAGUCUGAAAUACCAGCAGAACGAGAAGCACUUCAACUACACCACCCCCAAGAGUUUCCUGGAGUUCAUGAAGCUGUACGGGAACCUGCUGGGGAAGAAACGCACCGAGCUGACCCAGAAGAUGGAGCGCCUGGAGAACGGCCUGCAGAAGCUGCAGAGCACGGCCUCGCAGGUGGAGGACCUGAAAGCAAAGCUAGCAAUUCAAGAAGUGGAGCUGUGGCAGAGGAACACAGAUAUAGAGGAUCUCCUCGCUAAAAUAGGACAACAAACCGACAAGCUCAACCAGGAGAGAGCUGUCGCCGACGCUGAGGAGCAAAAGGUGGCGGCGAUUCAAGCUGAGGUCACCAAACAGCAGAAGGCGACAGAGGAGGACCUGGCCAAAGCUGAACCCGCUUUACAAGCUGCCAACGCCGCCCUCAACACGCUGAACCGACUCAACCUGACGGAGCUGAGGACGUUUCCCAACCCUCCAGGCAUCGUCACCAACGUCUCCGCAGCCGUUCUGGUGCUGCUCUCCCCUCAAGGCCGCAUCCCCAAAGACCGCAGCUGGAAGGCUUCCAAAAUCGUCAUGAGCAAGGUGGAUGAAUUCCUGCAGGCGCUGGUCAACUUCGACAAGGAGCAUAUCCCAGACGCCACGGUCAAGUGCGUGAGAGAUGACUACCUGAGCGACCCUGAGUUCAACCCUGAGUUUGUUCGGCAGAAAUCCUCAGCUGCCGCAGGCCUCUGUGCCUGGGUGAUCAAUAUCGUUCGAUUCCAUGAGGUUUUCUGUGAGGUGGAGAUGAAGAGGAUGUGUCUGGCUCAGGCCAACGCUGACCUGGCAGAAGCCGCAGAGAAGCUGGAGGUCAUCAGGAAGAAACUGACGGAGCUGGACAGCAGCCUGGAAAUAUCGACGGCUGAAUUUCAGCAAGCCACGUCAGAGAAGCUUCGCUUUCAGGAGGAAGUGAAUCGCACCAACACCACGAUCGAGCUGGCCAACCGGCUGGUCAAAGGGCUGGAGAGUGAGAACGUGCGCUGGGCUCACUCGGUGGCUCAGUACCACGAGCAGGAGGAAACCCUGUGUGGCGACGUCCUGCUGACCGCAGCCUUCAUCUCUUACGCCGGCUCCUUCUCAAAGAAGUACCGCGGGGAUCUGCUGGACACCCUGUGGAUGCCGUUCCUGCAGAGCCAGAAGACUCCUGUCCCCAUGACAGAGGGCUUGGAUCCGGUUUCAAUGCUGACCGACGAUGCCACUGUGGCUCAGUGGAACAACGAAGGUCUGCCAGGCGACCGGAUGUCCACUCAGAACGCAACUAUCCUCACAAACUGCGAGCGCUGGCCUCUGCUCAUUGACCCUCAGCUUCAGGGCAUCAAAUGGAUCAAGAUCCGCUACGGAAGCAACCUCAAGGUGGUCAGUCUGGGUCAGAGAGGUUAUGUGGACGUGAUCGAGCAGGCCGUCGUGGCCGGAGACACGGUGCUGAUCGAGAACCUGGAGGAGACGAUCGACCCGGUGAUCGACCCCCUGCUGGGUCGCUACACCAUCAAGAAGGGAAGCUGCAUCAAAGUGGGAGACAAGGAGUGUUUCUUCCACCCGGACUUCCGGCUCAUUCUCCAUACCAAGUUGGCCAAUCCCCACUACAAACCGGAGAUUCAAGCUCAGACCACUUUGAUCAACUUCACGGUGACCAGGGACGGACUGGAGGACCAGCUCCUGGCUCAAGUGGUCAACCAGGAGAGGCCGGAUCUGGAGCACCUGAAGGUCUGCUUGUCUGUUCUGGUGAACAUGUUCAAAAUCGAGCUGAAGCUCUUAGAGGACGAGCUGCUGACCCGCUUGUCUGCUGCGGAGAGCAACUUCCUGGGGGACAACGUGCUGGUGGAGAAGCUGGAGACCACCAAGCGCACCGCUGCGGAGAUAGAGCUGAAGGUCCUGGAAGCAAAGGUCAAUGAAGUGAAGAUCAACGAGGCGCGAGAACACUAUCGUCCAGUCGCUGUCCGAGCCUCUCUGCUCUACUUCAUCAUGAACGACCUCAACAAGAUCAACCCCAUGUACCAGUUCAGCCUGAAGGCGUUUAACGUCGUCUUCCACAAAGCGGUGGCGUCAGCCGAGGUGUGCGAAGACGUGAAGAGCAGGGUGAACACGCUCAUCGACUGCGUGACCUUCUCCACCUUCAACUACAUCAGCAGGGGACUUUUCGAACGAGACAAGCUCACCUUCACGGCGCAGCUGACGUUCCAGCUGCUCCUGAUGAGCAAGGAGAUCGACGUGCGAGAGUUGGACUUCCUGCUGCGCUUCAACAUCGACCACCAUUACAUCAGCCCCUUUGACUUCCUGUCGCACUCAGCGUGGAGCGCCAUCAAGGUGAUGAGCUUCACGGACGAGUUCCGGGGGCUGGACCGAGACAUCGAGGGAUCUCCUAAGCGCUGGAAGAAGCUGGUGGAGUCGGAAUGUCCGGAGAAGGAGAAGUUUCCUCAGGAGUGGAAGACGAAGACCUCGCUGCAGAAGCUGGUCAUGAUGCGAGCGCUCAGACCGGACCGCAUGACUUACGCCGUCAGGAACUUUGUCGAGGAGAAGCUCGGGGUGAAAUACACAGAAGGGCGCAAGACUGAGUUCGCCAAGUCCUUCAGGGAGAGCGGACCAGCCUCUCCUAUGUUCUUCAUCCUCUCACCUGGGGUCGACCCGCUGAAGGACGUGGAGUCUCUAGGCAGAAAGCUGGGCUUCACCAUCGACCUCGGGAAGCUCCACAAUGUGUCCUUGGGUCAAGGUCAAGAGGCUGUGGCCGAGGUCGCCAUGGAGAAGGCUGCCAAGGAGGGUCACUGGGUCAUAUUGCAGAACAUCCACCUGGUGGCGCGCUGGCUGGGCUCCCUGGAGAAGCUCCUGGAGUCCUGCUGUGAGGAAAGUCAUCCGGACUACCGCGUGUUCAUGAGUGCCGAGCCGGCACCGACGGCCCAGGAGCACAUCAUCCCGCAGGGUAUUUUGGAAAACGCCAUAAAAAUCACCAACGAACCUCCGACUGGGAUGCACGCCAACCUUCACGCCGCUCUGGAUAACUUCGACCAGGACAUCCUGGACCAGUGCAGCCGGGAGCAGGAGUUCAAGACCAUCCUCUUCUCGCUCUGCUACUUUCACGCCUGCGUGGCGGAGAGGAGGAAGUUCGGACCCCAGGGAUGGAACAGGAAGUACCCCUUCAACACCGGAGACCUCACCAUAUCAGUCAACGUCCUCUACAACUACCUGGAGGCCAACGCACAGGUGCCGUGGGAGGACCUGAGGUACCUCUUCGGGGAGAUCAUGUACGGAGGACACAUCACCGACGACUGGGAUCGGAGACUGUGUCGGACCUACCUGGAGGAAUACAUGCAGCCCAACCAGUUCGACCGGAAGCUCGCCCUCACCCCAGGAUUCGUGGUCCCCUCCAACCUGGACUACCAGGGCUACCACGACUUCAUCGACGAGAUGCUCCCCCACGAGAGCCCAGUGCAUUAUGGGUUGCACCCCAACGCAGAAAUUGAGUUCUUGACCGUGACCUCAGAUAACCUCUUCCACACGCUGCUGGAGCUUCAGUCUCCUGAUGCCGUGAUGGGGGAGGGGGCUUCUCAGACCCUGGAGGAGAAGGUGAAGAACAUCUUGGACGAGGUGCUGGAGAAGCUGCCGGAGGAGUACAACAUGUCCGACAUCACCUCCAAGACGGCGGAGCGCUCGCCGUACAUCCUGGUCUGCUUCCAGGAGUGCGAGCGGAUGAACACCCUCGUGUCUGAGAUCCGACGCUCGCUCAAGGAGCUGGACCUCGGGCUGAAGGGGGAACUGGCCAUCUCCUCCGAGAUGGAAAAGCUGCAAACCGCCCUGUUCUUCGACAACGUCCCUGACACUUGGACCAAACUGGCCUACCCUUCCACCUACAGCCUGGCCACCUGGUACAAUGACGUCCUGCAGCGCUGCAAGGAGCUGGACAGCUGGACUCAGGACUUGACUCUGCCGACUGUCGUCUGGCUCUCUGGGCUCUUCAACCCUCAGUCCUUCCUCACAGCUGUGAUGCAGUCCCUGGCUCGGAAGAACGAGUGGCCCCUGGACAAGGUCAACCUGACUGUGGACGUGACCAAGAAGUUUAAGGAAGAGUUCAACCAGCCGGCCCGAGAAGGAGCUUACGUGUACGGACUCUUCAUGGAAGGCGCUCGCUGGGACAUUCCGGCCGGCGUCAUCACCGAAGCCCGCCUGAUGGACCUGACGCCGGCCAUGCCCGUCAUCUCGGUCCGAGCUGUUCCGAACGACCGGCAGGAAACCCGGAACAUCUACGAGUGUCCCGUCUACAAGACCAAAAUCCGAGGACCCACAUACGUUUGGACGUUCAGUCUGAAGACGCGCGAGAGACCCGCCAAGUGGGUUCUGGCCGGAGUGGCUCUGCUGCUGAGCGUCUGAGGAAACGCACCUCUGAUGCCUUGAAUGGGGUUUAUUGAAAAAUGCCAAACACACACAGGUUCUAAGAUUCCACAUCUACACACUUGUCUACAAGCAGGAUCCAACUCAGACGGCGGGUCCAAGUCACUCCGGAGGUUCCGCUGCGAAGCGGCGACGACUUCUGUUUCAGUAAAAAUGUAUAUUUGGGUGAAAGUGUUGAGUCAGACUGGUGCGAGGGUCCGGGAGGUUGGCUGCCACUUCAUCACGUGCUGCGACUCACAAUAGAAGGAACGGGUGGACGACGUGCAGUUGGUCCUCUAAUCGCUGUCGGACCAGUCCAGCGCCAUCAUGUCCAUGGCAGAAGACAUGUUGAUCUUGGUGCCGUGUCUCACGCUGCAGCUCUUCACAGAGUUCUGAUUGGACGAGGCCCUCAUGCUCACCUGCACCCCCGAGUGGCCCAGGACGCCCACCUCGCCCCGGAUCUUCUGGCUGACGUCGCCGCGCGC